AUUCCUCAGCGCGUCCUCGCUGUCUUCAGUCUAGUACCGCUUGCUGUGCGCAACAUGGAGUAACAGAACGCGCUUCUCGGACUUUCGCUUCUUAACUUUAUUCUAGCCGUCUAAAGUGAACCCAUACAGAAGAAAAACACGAUGUAGUGAAAGUACUGACGGUGGACUGUUUGAUUUUGUAGCCGCGGAGCAGAUCGGUAUAGUGUCGGGUUGGGGAGAGGUAUCUUAGACAGCGGCGGGACAAACAUGCUGUCGCCGCUCGUGGCGUGUUUGCUGUCGGUUCUGGUUCUGUGUCGGAUAGCGUUGUCCCAGUACUCAAGUGACCAGUGCAGCUGGAGGGGCAGUGGGCUGACCCAUGAAGGACACACCCGGGAUGUUGAACAGGUGUAUCUCCGCUGCGCCCAGGGCUUCCUGGAGUGGUUGUACCCCACAGGGGCCAUCAUCGUCAACCUGCGCCCUAACACGGUGUCUCCUGCCGCCUCUCUUCUCUCCGUCUGCAUCAAACCUUCUAAAGAAUCCAGCGGAACCCACAUCUACCUGGACCGGCUGGGAAAACUGCGAUUGCUCCUUCGUGAGGAAGAUCAGGCAGAGGGGAAAGUGCAAUGUUUUAGCAUCCAGGACGGGGCGCUGUUCAUCGAGGCCGUGCCUCAAAGAGACAUCAGUCGAAAAAUUACAGCUUUUCAGUACGAGCUGGUUAACCACAGACUAGGAGCGGAUCCACAUUCAUUAUCCGGAGCCUGCCAACCAUGUACAGAUGCUGAGGUCCUCCUGGCUGUUUGCACAAGUGACUUUGUGGCACGUGGUGGUAUUCUUGGCGUGUCGCAGGAAGAAGAUCAGACUUCUGUCAAAGUAUCCUUGAGUCGCCUCUACAGACAAAAGACUCAAGUGUUUGUGUCAGGGGGAGGCAGAGUCAAACGUUGGACGGGCUUCGUGAAGAUGCCCAGCCAGUGCGGGGUUAAACCAGGGGACGGUGAGUUCCUCUUCAUUGGGACUGUGCGCUUCGGAGAGGCCUGGCUCAGCUGCGCACCCCGAUACAAGGACUUCCUUAGGGUGUAUCAGGAUGCACUGCAGCAAGGGACCAACCCAUGUCAUUUGGACACAGAUUGAAUUCUUUCCAUGAAACCACGCGAUCCGCCCUAUCGCGAGGAGCUGUGACCUCGCAAGCAGCUGUCUGUCUUCGUCAAUCUGCCUGUUUCUACAGAGAGGAGAGAUAAUAGAGCUAUAGACUGUCAAAGUGCUCCAGAAUCUGCUCACCUGCUGUCCCAGCAUUCCCUGAGACAGUGACUCUCGCUCUUAAAACACGUCGCAGAGGCAACUGAACUCUAAAGUUGGACUUGUACUAAGCCAAUGGCAAUGUCUUAAGACAUUUUCUCGUGUUUUGUAGCGAACCUCGCAGUCGAAUGUGUAAAAAUGUGAAAAGUAAAUUCUAAAACGGAAAUCCCAGAUGCUUUGUAAAGAGCUUGUUGUACAGUUUUGCAGUUGUUUCUAUGACAGAAAUAUAUUUGAAGAAAAAGCCUGCUUUUUAUUUUUUAAGAAAAUUUUUAAGUGCAAUUGGCCUGUGUUUUGUCUUCAGGCUGUUUAAUUGCAAAUGUCUCUUUCCAAGGAUUAAAGAGUUUUUCUCUUUGGAACCAAA